AUGAUUAUAGGCAAACAACCACAAUAGAAAAUAGACUCUACAGUGAACAUUAACAAUAACUUCAAUCCUGAAGCAGAUUAUAUUAUUAAGUCGAAAUAUAUUCUCAAAAAUUAUAUCAAGGGAGGUGGGUUUGGUGAUAUAUUUGUGGCUAAGCAUAUUGAGAAAGGAUAUGAAGUAGCAAUCAAAUUUGUAAUGAUCCCAUUCAUUUUUAUAUUCAAAUAGAGUGAAUUAAACAACGAUGAAGCGACAAGAUAGUACGAAAAUGAAGUGGAUGCAAUGAAGACUAUAAAGAGAAUUGCAGGAGUAAGAGCAAGCUUAUUCCCAAAAUUACUUGCAAAUGGAUAUCUUUCAGACAAGAAGCUAAACUACAUUAUCAUGCCAAAGUAUGAUAUUGACUUAGAACGCCUAUUUAUGCAAUAUAAGAGGAAAUUUAAGAUGGAGACUGUCAUUACUCUUGGAUUGCAGAUAAUAGAGCGUCUGGAGAUAAUGCACAACUGUGGAUUGAUUCAUAAUGACCUUAAGCCAUAGAAUAUAAUGACAAACUUCAAGUCUAAUACAGUUUUUCUAAUUGAUUUCGGAUUAACUUUAAAUCAAAAUUAAGCUUAAAAAAUUGCUUACACAUUCAAGGGAACACCAUAUUUUGCAUCCAAUAACUAACUUGUUAAAGGAAAAUUAGGUGCAAAAGAUGACUUAGAAUCCUUGGUCUACAUACUAAUAUACUUUAUUCAGGGUUAUUUACCUUGGGCAAAGAAUGUACCGGUAUUAAGUGAGGAUAUGCAAGCUCACUUAGAGGUUUAACAAGUAAUCCACUAGCGAGACCCAGAUACUUUGUGCACAGAUUUAGAUCCUGAGUUUAACUCUAUGCUAUCCUACAUCCAGUCCUGCUCAGCUAAAUAGAAACCUGAUUAUAGAUAUAUAAAAAAGCAACUUUAAACUAUCAAAGAUAGAAAUAACUUUCUAGGUUAAUUAGAAUGGAUCCAUAGUCCAGACCCAUCAACUCCUAUGAUUAAUCCUUUAAACAAUUAAUUAAUCGGAUCUGGUAAUAAUAUCAAUAAUCAGCUCUUCAAUUUAUAAAAUGUACAGAUGAAUUCAAUAGAAAUUCGUUCAGGAAAUAACACUAGCUCAAUAGCCAAUUCGAUUUCUAACAAAGAUUAGCAUAAAAAGAAUCCGCAAAAUCUCUAAAUUGAGAUUGGAAAGCUUUCUUCUCAAAAUAUUCAUUAAAAGAGAAUGACUAUAAAUACCUAGAAUAAAAAUAAUGUUAUAAUGGAGGAAAGUGAGUACAAUUCUGGGGGUUUGAAAUCUAAUAGGCAUGUAGAACCGCAUUCAGCUUAGUAGUUAACAAGGAGGAAAAAAUAGUUGUAAGGCGGCUAGAACAAUUAAGCAGAACUAAAACACCAGGAUAGUGCCAGAGGUCAAAAGAAAAAGCUUGUCAUUAAGAAAAAGAAAGGAAGUCUUACUAGAAUAAAACUAGAAGAGGGAGGUUUAGAUCCACUUUAGGCUUAAUUCCUUAAUAUCUAGAGAGCAAACUCAAAUGUUUAAUAGUAGCAAAUCAAUCGUAGGAAGAAAAUAAAGAUAGAUUCAGAUUAAAUUUUUGAGGCAUUGGAUGGCAAUAACUCACUCGAUGAUAUUAAUCAAGAUGAUUUCGAAGAAAUUUUUAAAACUAUGAUACCUGUACAAUUUGAAUGCAACUAGAACAACCUCAAAUUUGUAAGUUCAAAAAAUAAAAAAUUAGAAAAACGGCUAAAAUCAGUAAGCUGA